CCUUGCUGAAUGCGUCAAAAGCAGGAAUAGAAUCGAGGGCUCGAGGCCCGCGUUUCCCGUACGUCAGCCACGAACAGACUGAUGCGAUUACCAAGCGUUUGGCAGUCUACAUAUCGAUACAGUCACAACAUUCUGAGCUAUCUUCGCCAGCAGAUGAAUACAUAAAGGCCUAUACACGCACGACGGAGGUGUCAAAAUAAAAUCAUCUUGGGUGGAUAGAGCCGUUCUCCGUAUUGACGGUUUAUUUGAGAUAGAGGCGGGAUAUUAAAGAUUUUAUUCAGCAAGGCGACAGGAAAGGCAGACGGUCAUGACAACGAAGGUUUAUAGUUGCGAUAUUAUUUUACAUAUAUAAUAGGAGUGUAUAAAGCAAUCCACCUCUGUUUUCUCUGCCCUUCUGACUUCGAGGACCGCUGUUCAUCAUGUGUGCUUCAUCUGUGUUGCAGUAUAUCAAAAGGAAAUCAUAAAAACACAAGCGGAAACGAUUAAGUAGACAGAGAGACUGUGUUGGUAUUUACUUCACUCAUUGCCUUGGAUUUCCUGACUGUGUAUAUACAAAUCAUUCAAAAUCCUAGCUAAUAAAGCAGUACUAUGGAAACUUAUUGAGAGUGCAGUCAACUGACUGGAUAUUUGUUGAAUACAUCUGUUUUUUCCCUGAUAUUUUCUUCAGAAGCAGACAAAGCUCCAAUAUCAUACGCUUAUAUGUAGUUCAUUCAUGCUGCAUGGGAAUAGAUUAAUUCUUGAAGUCCUUGAAUUCAUAACAUUAAUUUUCUACUUCCAGGGUAUUGGCAUGACCUGAUGAUGUUCAUAGAAACAUUGACACUGUACUGACAAGCAUCACAAUUGGUAGAGGUUAACUGCCACCUGUUGGCCUUUGGCUGUGCAACACCAUGCACACCAAGUAACAUUUAACACCAUUUCAACCUUUCAAUGUCUUCGCGUUUUAUGAAGCAUAUACGAGUCUGUUUGGCUGAGCCACAUCACUGGUCAAUGGGAGAUGGAUAGAUUUAUCUUUAGGAAGUUAUUGAAGCGAGUUGCUGUAAAAGUUUGAAUUAUUCAUCUAAAGCUUGAGCAUCGCUGAAUUUUAACUCGUGCUUUCUAGAGUCAUGAUCGGCAAUUGAUUUUCUUCUGUCGCCCUUAAAACAACCCGCAGAUUUGCAAAAUGGAUGUAUAAUUUCGUCUAGACAACCGCCUGAGUGUAUUAUAAGGGGUGAAAGUGUUGAAUCGAAACGGGCACUCCUCUUUCUGCUUUACAUCCAUUUCACCCUGCAGCAAUGAACGGAUGGAUUACAUGGGGAAAUUACAAUCUCAGCUAAAAUCUAAGCUAACCUUUCACUCCUGUGUUUAAAGUUAAUGUUACCCAUGACCCGUGAUUGAUUGUUCAUCGAGUUAGUGACGGUGGUAUCCGGAGAGGAGGACCAAAUUCUGCUCUCGGCGGGUGAACUCUCUGCCAUUCCACAUCAUUGCCAAUCAAAGAGAUUAAUAUCACAGGAGGCGAUGAAAGCAACCACAAUAUAGCAAUGAAAGCACGCCUUCAAGUUCAGGGGAAAGUUAUACUUGCUUAAACGACCUUGAGAUGAUUUACCGCUUAUGAUGCUUCUCAAGUUUUAGUGAAAUACGUGGUUAUAUUUACGUUUUUUAUCGACAGUGUUCAAACAUUCCGAACUGCAUAAGCCAACGAUAUUAUACACUGGAGACGAUUUCUGGAUAAAAGCGAAUCUUAAUUUAUUUCAGCCAGCAUCGAAAACGUCAAUCUAUUUAUAAGUUGAUUUCGCAAUUGAAAUGGAAUGAGUUAUUUUUCUGGGCCAAUUUUUUUGUUCUCAGAAAAUGAUAUUGUAAUGUAAUCUUCUAACUAUGAGAUCCAUUUCGCCUCCGCAUUGUUUUGUACAUUCCCGAAAGUAUUUGUGGCCGAAAAAGUGGAUGGCAAGUAGCCUUUAGGGGGAUUUGGUUGUCAACGGUAUGGCUCUUGGGGAAUUCAUGACUCGUAAAUGGGUCAAACCUUUUAUCGCUUUCUUCGCUUUGACUCUCGCGUCUUUAUUAGCCUUCGGUAGCUUCACAUCACGCAUCGGCAUCGGAACGAUGUAUGCAAAUACCGGUGAACGCAAAGCUCGGACACGAAUGCAGAAAAUAGUGGAUCGAUCCCGCAACACGGCACGCUUUUUAUCAAGUCCGCCUCUGGAAGGUUAUUUCACCCCUAUGUAUGGUAAGGAGAAAAUUGCCAGGACAGAAACUGAUAAUUUCAUUCCAAUUCGUAAAAUUAUUCAUGAUAUUAGUAAUUCAUCGUCGAAAUCUUUGAAUUCUUUAGAGAAAUAUGACAGCUCCGAUGGAGACUGGCUGAACCAAAUGCAAUUAAAACAUACCAGCCAACGUACAAGGAAAAGAGUUGUCACAAAUAUCUCAAGAAUAUUUUCUGAAAGGACUAGUCCUGUAGGUUUGAAUAAUUUGGAUAGUAGGACUGAUAACAAGAGCCGUAGAACUAAAGAAAAUGUUAGACCAACAACUUUCAAACCUGUUUUUAUUGUUUUAAUGGGACGCAUGCGCACAGGUUCAACUCUGAUUGGUGAAAUCUUUAAUCAGAACCCAUCGAUAGGAUUCCUCUACGAGCCCCUGCACGCAGUGUGUGAUUGGAGCAAGAGAGGAGUUAUUCAUAAAUCGCAUUUUACUACAGCAGCUAGUACCCUCUUAAGAAAACUCAGUUCUUGUGAAUUUCCACCUAGCUUUAUCUCUAGUAUCAGUAAAUGGACAGUCGGGGGAGGAUUCCGUAGCACCCUCAUCCAGCCUGUCUGUGCAAUGACGAAUUCCUGUAGACACGCAUCGUCAAACAUGCUUCGCCAUCAGUGCCUAAAGUUUAAGAAGUACAGAGGGAUAAAGACAAUCCGUGCUGACCUUAAUAUGCUACAUAGACUGAUUGAAGAGGACAAAGUGGAUGUCAAGAUAUUGCAUCUUGUACGAGACCCUCGAGGAGUAGCGAAUUCACGGCGUCAGGUCUACUCCGUCGAUAGUAAUUCCAUGCAGCGGCGGUUAGCUGCACGCGGUUACCGCCACCGCGUCCUCCGUGACCACCCUGCGGUUAAUCCGCUUACCGCUCAAGCCAGGAAACCAUUUCCGUUCUACAACGACCAGUUACCGGCGCCGAAGACGCGAGGAACGAGACUGGAUAUUCUAGGUCUCAUGGAUACUUCUGAUGUGUUUCCACUCCUUAACACCAUUCCAGCGUAUUGCAAAUGGUUGGAUUCUACCAUCACACUAGCACAGAAGAAACCUGAUUGGCUUAAAGGUCGGUACAAGCUGAUCCGCUAUGAAGACUACGCGGCAUCACCACUAAGCGUCACUGAAGACGUUUACCGUUACUUCAAUAUGUACCUUGACGAUAAAGUACGACGAUGGGUAGCGAACAAUACGGAAGGUAACGUCGUAGGAGGCGACAUACUUUACGGAUCACAUAGAAACUCUUCGGAAGCAGCUUUCAAGUGGAGAACGGCCAUGACGUCAGAAGAAACCUCACAGGUUGAGACAUUGUGUGGUGAUGUUAUGGAACGAUUAGGUUAUAGGAAGACGUCUAGUCGGGUUCGGCUGGACGACCUAAAUCAUUCUUUAUUCCUACCUAUUCCAGAUGAUAUACCACGAGAAUUAUGAUAAUUGUAACCGCGUUUGUAUCCAUGCUUUAUCAAGAGUGUAUAGGUGCGAGAGCAGUUUAACGCAUUGCUUCGCGCAGAAGCACCCUGACCAUGUUAGCGCACUGCUCAGAGCCAAGCUAUAUAAGAGCAUAGAGCUAUUACAGAGCUCCAUGCUAAGAGCGUUUUUUUUGUUACCUGAUACGAAAAUAUCAUACUAGAGCUAAGGAUGUUCUUGCAUUAACACAAAUAAUCACAACGCACAAUUAUUACAUAUUGAAUGUUCAUUUACAUGUAUGUCACAUUUUAAAGUGUCAUUUAAUUACUUGGUGUGAUUUGUACUUUGAUAAUUUGGCAUAAUUCUACCGUGUGAUAAUUGAGAGUCAGGAAGCUGUUUCAGCAUUGAAAUACUUACACAUAGUUUCAAAAAGUUGUUUCUAAUUGUUCAUGAUUUUACGAACAUAUGUAAUAUGUAAAAUGUUUUAGAAUUAAACCAUUGUUUCCUUACAAGCACUUGAAUGAAACAGACAUGAAAAAUAAUAGUAAACUACUUUGUCAAAUUUUGAUUAACAUUAUUGUGAGAUAUGAAGGCAUGUGUUUGUCUGUAACUGUCCAGUAAUCACACGCAGAAUAAUAUUGGCCACUAACUCUAGUACAGCUUGAAAUUGCUUCACGGUUUAAAUCAAUCACGAUCGUUGUUGAUAUUUGAAUUUGACCUUAUAUCUUUGUUAUGAGGGAAUGUCGAUUAUGUUUAGACUACUGAUGAGAUAUGUAUAUAUAGAACAAGAAUGUGAGAAAUUGCACUGUCUACCAACUAAAGAAAAUUACGAAAAGUUUGUAGGAAACGGCUCCUGGUCGGGGCAGUGUGAUGUUUUCUCACAUUCUUUUCAAUGAAUCUUUGCAAUCAUAUACCGAUGUAAGUUACCAAAAUCAGUAUUGUCAGUGAGACUCAAGAAAGCUAAAUGAAAGUUAGGACACCACAACUAGGUUCUCUGACAUUUUGGCCAUAACCUUCCUCAUGUUCUAUAGUCUGUUAAGUUUAUGUACCUUGCUACAAACUCAUCUGUUAGUGUGUGUUGAUAUGUUGAUAUUUAGAGGAAAAAUAAAAUACUAUAAAAACUAAAAAGAAAAAAUGAAACUACUUCAUUUAAGUAAUUAAUGUAAAGUUGGGACCAAAAUUAAGCUUUCCAUUUAUAGUCUUGUUCAUUCAUAUACAUUUAUUUCAUUCAUAGAUUAAAAAUACAUUUACAAACAUGUUAAUAUACUGUUGAGGUAUGAUUUUAUACAUCGAUCUAGCAUUAUUUGAUUGAUCAAAAUUUUCAUGAAACAGGAGCCUAGAAUUAUUUAGAACGUAAGACAAUGUUAUGUAGGCCUAAUUGUAAUUGAUUCAAAGGUUUGAAUUUGUAAUUGGAUAUCUUGAUAGUCCUGGGAUAAACGGAACAAAACAAUGUAAAAUUAUUAUACAAUCUUAUUAUGCUAAUGGGUUCAGUCCUCGUCUUCGACCAUGCACACUAAGAACAUUAAGAAAAGAAAAUUAAGUUCAACUUUGCCUCUUAAAAGGUGCAGACCAUUUUCACAUUGGGAGCACAUUUAAGGUGCGACUUUAAAGAUGCAACUCGCACCUCUUUGAAAGUUGUAAAUUAGCCUCUAAAAGGUGCAGAAUUGCACCACGAAAGCACUUCUUUACACCUUAAAGAGAGGUGCAAAGUUUCCCUGUGCGAUAGUGAUCUGCACGUUUCAGGUGCAAAGUUGAUUCUAUCGUGACGGCCACAGGUCCAACUCGGCUGACACGCAGUUCUCUUAGUGAUGUCGAUAAUAUACAGCAAUUUAGUUCAAUUCAGGAGAGCGUUUCAUCAAUAUUUUUUCCGACAAGUUGUCAAAUCUGACAUCUUUCAUUGAUCUUGAUUGGCUGAGAAGCACUGUUACUAUGGUGACUGUCGGAUAAAUGGGACUUGUCGGAGAAACCGUCCUUUCAUGAAACGCUCCCCAUACCAGAUCAGUGUCGAUGUGGUAGUUAUCGUUCGGGAGUCAUUGAAUACAUUAUGAGCUGUAAACAACUAUUGUGAAACACGACACAAAAGCCGAGGGGAAAAUCGGUCAGAUUGUAGAAGAAAUUAGAAGUGGAUUUACAGGUAAAGGACAUGCAAGUUUUCAUUUUCACUUUUUUUUAAUGACACUUUUUACUUGUAGAUUAAGAAGACAUUGCAGUGGUACAUGUGAAUGAUGUGAUAAUAAUCCAUAAAUCCACACAUUGAUGGAAAUUGGGAAAAAUACACAAUGUUCGUUUAAUUCUCAUGACGUGCAAUAUGACAUUUAAAAAAUAUAAUUAUGUGUUUAUUCCAUCUGCAAUGACAUUUAAUUCUGCAUAAUAGAAUUAGCACUCAUUCGUAUUGAUGUCUAUCAAAUAUCAAGGCAUGAGUUACUUGAGAUUAAUGUUCACGCUAACCUAGAUUCUGGCGAUUGUCAAUUUAAUCACUUCUGAUUUAAACAAUCAAAAUAGUUUUCUUUGGGAAAUGUAAUGACUGGAAAUUAUUUUAGCGAUGCAUAUUUUGUUUAGUACUUGGACCAAAAUGAAGAGACACAAAGAAAUCGUCACUUUUAAACAUUUUACCCGCGCAUUCCGGAUGGAGAAAGUUUUUUCAAUAAUAUAUACUGUACAUGUAUUCUAGUGUGUGAUGUGUCUUAAUCACAAUAAUAAUUAUGUAUAUCUCUUAAUCUCUUUCCUCUGGAUACCUACAUGCCCACGUAUGUUUUCUGUUUGUUUUUUCUCUUUCUCUUGUCUCCCGCCCUCUCUCUAUAGCCUCCAAAAUGAAUACAUGUUUUUAGGAAUGAUAAUUUUCUUGAGUCAUGAUGUUGCUUUUUAAGUCGUGCAAUGUCAGAAAAGUGUUUGUACAGUGUUGAUUAUUGCAUCUCGAUACAGAGUAAAUGCAGGCACUUUGUUUUCAAAUAUGAAUAUGAAACUGGAAUAAAUUAUGUACACACUUGAAAAUUA